CUCUUUUCUUCUUUUUCUUUGUCUCUUUUCCUGGUUUCACUCAAGCUUCAGAAUCAUCGCCGCUGUUCUCAAUCAUCCUUCGAAAAUAAUAAUCAAGAGUCAAAAUAACAAUGUCGCGCCCGGAUGAAGAAGAACUUGUCGAUUACGACGAGGCGGCUGAGGAGACCUUCGCGCCACCCGUCGCAGCCACAAAUGGUAAAGCUGAAGGCGACAAAAAGGGAUCUUACGUCGGCAUCCACUCCACUGGCUUCAGGGAUUUCCUCCUCAAGCCAGAAUUGUUGAGAGCCAUUUCUGAUCUUGGUUUCGAACAUCCAUCUGAAGUACAACAGGAAUGUAUUCCCCAAGCUAUCCUCGGCACAGACGUUCUUUGUCAGGCCAAGUCAGGUAUGGGAAAGACUGCCGUCUUCGUCCUGGCUUGUCUUCAACAGAUUGAACCUGUGGAUGGCGAAGUGUCCAUCAUCAUUCUCUGUCACACGCGAGAGCUUGCGUACCAGAUCAGAAACGAAUUUGCCCGUUUCUCAAAGUUCAUGACUGCCGUCCGUACCGCGGUGUUUUACGGUGGUACCCCCAUCUCUGCCGAUCAAGAACUUCUAGGCAACAAGGAAAAGUGCCCCCACAUCGUUGUCGGUACUCCCGGACGUAUGAUGGCCUUGACUAGGGACAAAACGCUCAAAGCAACUCACGUCAAGCACUUCGUCCUGGACGAGUGUGACAAAAUGUUGGACCAGCUUGACAUGCGUCGUGACGUUCAAGAAAUCUUCCGUGCUACCCCGCAUCACAAGCAGGUCAUGAUGUUUUCCGCCACGUUGUCGAAGGAAAUCCGUGCGACUUGCAAGAAAUUCAUGCAGAGUCCCCUCGAAAUCUAUGUCGACGACGAGACGAAGCUCACGCUUCACGGUCUCCAGCAGUAUUAUCUCAAGUUGGAGGAGCGAGAGAAGAACCGCAAGCUCAACGACUUGCUGGACAACCUCGAAUUCAACCAGGUUUGUAUCUUUGUCAAGUCGGUCUCCCGAGCCACGCAGCUGGAUGCAUUGCUGCAGGAAUGCAAUUUCCCCAGUAUUUGUAUUCACUCUGCACUUCCCCAACCUGAGCGUAUCUCUCGAUUCCAGCAAUUCAAGGCUUUCGAAAAGCGAAUCCUCGUUGCAACCGACAUUUUCGGCCGUGGUAUCGAUGUCGAACGUGUCAACGUUGUGAUCAACUACGAUGCUCCUGGGGACGCCGACUCGUAUCUCCACCGAGUGGGUCGUGCUGGGCGUUUCGGUACCAAGGGUUUAGCCAUCACUUUUGUAGCUUCCGAUGCGGACCAAGAGGUUCUUCAAAAGAUCCAGGAACGAUUCACAGUCGCGAUCCCUACUCUGCCGGAGACGGUCGACCCUGCCACAUACAUGACAUCGUGAGAUGCAUAAAGUGUGAUAUGGCAGAGAUAGUUUUGUAGGAAUUGGAGAGUGAAGAAAUGCAUACCUGCCGCUGUC